CACUGCCACCCAUCAGCCAAGUCGAAGAAGAGCAAGGAUGUUCCGGUCACCUCAGCCCGGCGACUGGGCCGCUGAAGACGAGGACACGUCGCCUCUGCCCACGCCCACGCCAGCGUUGUCCAACGCAGAUCCCACACCUGCACCUGCUCCUGCUCCGAGAAGCGGGGGAUAUGAGCGCAGCAACAGUGGCGGACGCUUCGAUCGGGACAGGAAUAAUAGCGGAGGAGGCCGCUUCGACCGUGAAGGGGGGCGCUAUGACCGGGACAGAGACUACGGAGGAGGCCAGUACGAUCGGGAUAGAGACUAUGGAGGAGGACGUUUUGAUCGGGACAGAGGAAACUACGGCGGUGGACGAUAUGACCGCGGAGGACGCUACGACAGAGACUAUGAACGAGGUGGACGCUAUGAGCGAGAUUAUGACCGAGGAGGACGCUUUGAGCGUGACGGUGGACGCUAUGAAGGCGGAGGACGCGCUGAUGCCUCUCGAUGGGGACACAACGCCGACCGUCGCGGCGGUGGAGCAAGCCGAGAGAUGCCUGUCGAGCAGGGCUUUAUCGUGUCCAUUAAGGAAAAUUUCGGCUUUGUGAGCUGCAUGGAGAGAGACGGAGAUCUGUUCUUCCACAUCUCCGAGGCUCCAGUGGACGUCCAGCUACAAGACGAGGUGGAAUUCCGUGUCAAGUACAACCAACGCUCUGACAAGGAGAUGGCCUGUCAAUUGGUGGCAUUACCCAAAGGAACUAUCAAAGUGGAGGAGGUAUCAGAGGAGUAUUGCGACGGUAUUGUCACCAAGAGUUUGCCUCGUCAUGGAAGUGGACGAGGGUUCUUUAACAGCCGCGACGACGACCGUCGACGUGAGGAACAUGGACUUAUUGAGGUGAAGAAGAAUGAGACGGAAGAUGAGAACCCGAAGACGGAAGAGCAGGAACAGACUGAGGAAGAUGCGGAUAAGAAGCCGCUCGUUAGACGCGAGUUUGUGCGCUUUACCAGUGAAAGUGUAGCUGCUAAUGACGACGACCAGGAACAGCCUGGUCGGUCUAAGAAGAACCCAAUCCCGCACUUUGGAGACGAGGUGCGCUUCCGUAUUGCCAAACACCGCAAGACCGGAGCGAAACGUGCUGUGGACAUCACGAUCACAGUCUCAGCUCGUGAGAAACUGGACAAGGAGAUCAAAGCCAAGUUGGCUACGAUGACGCGCGAGACGGGCGUCGUGGACCGCGUGAAGAACGGUGGUGGAUUCAUUAAGUGCUGCGACCGUCCAGUGGACGUUUACUUCCCCUUCCACGAGCUUCGUGAGUCUGAAGACGAGAAAAACGACAAAAAGGAGGUCGAAACUGAAGACAAAUCUCGUCCUGGACGCCAGACAAAGGGUCCGUCGAUACGUGAAGGUGAUGAAGUGUCAUUCUUUGUGUACGAAGACCAAGAGGACGACUCGGGACGCUCCCGGCCACGAUUGACAGCGCUGCGUGUGCAGAAGCUUCCUCCUGGCACGGUUUCUUUCGAGAAGUUGCUGCGCUCUGAUAUUGAAGGUUUCGUGUCGAAGCUGCCGAAGGAACCCCGGAAUGGCCCUGAGGUCAUUGGAUCCAUUGCUGUUACGUCUACAGAGUUAGUCCACGCUGACGAGGGUGAAGAGUUGCAAGAGACUGUGGCUGAGGAAAGUGAAGAUAAGUCUUUGAAAAAGAAGAAGGGUAAAGAUGGCAAGGCGAAGAAGCAGAAGGUGGCAUUCCGGUUGUGUGACACAGAGGACAUGAGCUAUAUCCCGCACAUUGACGACAAGGUAGCGUUUGACGAAGUUUUGGACAAGCGUACUGGAAAGGUGAAGGCCGUAAAGGUUCGUGUUGUACAACUGAACCCGAAGAACCGCGAGACUGGUGUGAUUAACGCCAUGAAGGAGGACUUUGGAUUCAUCAAGUGCGCCGAACGAUCAGGAGAUGCGUACUUCCGCUUCUCGGAUGUGAUGGGGACGAGCAGGAGCUUCAACAAUGGCACAGAGGUGGCGUUUGAUGUUCUCGUAGACAAUAAAUCCGAUCACAUUCGCGCGACUCGUCUGCAGAUUCUGCCUCGAGGGACUGUCAAGUGGGAAGACGUUGCUGCUGAAGAUCUGGAGGGUCAGAUUGUAGCGGUGCCGAGCUCACGAAGAGGCCACCAUUCAACUCGCGGUGGUCGUGGGGACAAGAAGCAACUGCAGAAGUUUGUUCAUGGCAAAAUUCACUUUGUGACACCGGACAAGCAGCACUUAAUUGACUUUCUGCCGGAGCUGAAGGAGAAGCUUGAUGCUGCGUUUAUUUUAUCAAGUGACGCACCAGAGGAGCCACAGAAGGAGGCAGCUGAGGGUGAAGAAGCCGAAAUCCGCAUCUCGUUCCCGAGCACUUUGUCCAAGUUUGAGCGUGCUGCGUUACACGAGUACAGUGACUGGCUCGGCUUGAAGCACGAAAGCAGCGGCGAAGGGUCUCACCGACAGCUAGAGAUUGUCGGAAGCGAGAAGAUUUCUAUAAAGACGGUGGAAGAGAAACUUGCGGCGUCUGCACCGGAGCUGACUGUGGAAUUCCAAGAAGACGAUGUGAGUGACGUGAGGUAUAACCCUCACGUGGGAGACCGCGUCAAGUUUGAUCUUGUUGUGGUCAAGCGGACGAAGCAAUUCCAAUGUAAGGCGAUCAAGUGUGUGGAGGCAGCGUCUACGAAGACCAAGGCAGCUAGUACGAAAACUGAAGCAAACAAGGGUGAAGGGUUUAUUGUAUCGGUGAAGCCUGAAGGAUUUGGCUUCAUCCAGCCUGCUCAGACCGUGCCUGGAUCGUUGGAAGAGAACCUGUUUUUCCACAUCAAGGAGAUCACGACGGGGCAGACGUUGGCGGAAUUGAAAGAAGGAACCGAGGUGCAGUACACUGUCUUUGUGGAUGAGAAGAAGAAGAAGAACCGUGCCACUGCCAUUAGUGUUGUACCGGCAGGCACGAUCAAGACUGUGGUGUCGGAAAGUGUGAAGGGUGUUGUGACCAAGGCGAGUUUCUUGCAGCGCAUGAAGGGAGGACCCAAGGGACGAUUCACAAAAACGAACAAGGCAAGUUCGUUAGGACGCAUUCGACUGGCUACUAGCAAUGGCGAGGAAGACGAGGCUGGUAGUGAGGACGGAGACAGUGAUGAGGAAGCUGAGGAAUCUGAAGAGACAGCGCAGGAAAGCGGCGACGCAGAAAUCGAGUCGAAGGAUGCAAAGAAGAAGACGCAGAAGAAGAAGAGCAAAAAGGUUUACGUGUACAACAUUCGCGACAUCGCCGACCCGACUGUUGUGCUGCGUGAGGGUGACGAAGUGGAGUUUAUUCCACAAGUGACAUCCAAGAGCCUUCGCGCAGCUCACAUUCGUCUCGUUACUUCACACGCCAAACAGGGUGUUGUCACUCGCAUCACGGAAGACCUGGGUGGUGUUGUCCGUCUAGACGGCGAUGAAUCCUCAGUUGAGGCCCGUUUUACUGCUCGUGCUGUGCUGCGUGGCGAUGUCCUGAGUGAGGGCGAUCGCGUCGAGUUUGCGUACAGGCCGCCAGCUGCAGCUCCCAGCAAGAAGGAGGAAGACGAAGAGACCAAAGGCGAGGAAGCUAAGGAGACAGAACCUGUUCUCGGUCAAGCGUUGAGUGUCCUGCGUCUCUCCUCGUCGCCGAGUCGAGCAGCUGCGCCACAAAGUCGAGGCUCUCGAUCGGUGAACUCCACGCUUAAGGAAGCCAUGCGGCAGGUUGGCGCUAACGCGAUGGUGGCGUCUCGAAUGGCCAAGGGCCCGGAUGGAACGCGUGGCUUUGCCGAGGGCUGGAACUCGACGACUGAGACUACGGUCACGACAACAACUACAACCACAGAGACGAGUGAGGCGUAGACAGAGCGGUACGUGGUAGUAUGUAUCUGUAGGUGCUAGGCAUGUAAGGAGCGCUGUCGAUUGCUUUCUUAUCUUCAGCUUAACGAGAUGAAUAGAUGCUUCAAAAGACGAGAGCUAUAUGUGGUUA